CAGAUAAAUCGGGAGUGCGUGUAUAACCAAGUGAUUGAAUGCACUGGUGUGUCGCAUUUUGAAAUUGGAAUUAAAUUUACGUCGUAUUUUAUAUCUCCACCCAAAAUGGCGAGUACAGCUAUUGUUGCUGGUGUUGGUAUUGCUAUUGUGGGAUUUGGAGGGCGUUACAUUAUUAGAUCAAUGCCGACACUCUCAAAGAAAAUGUCUGAAGCCCUCAAAUCACUCCCUAAACUCGACUCGCAGUCACUGGCUAAUAGUAAAUACUACAAAGGUGGAUUUGAGCCGACAAUGACGAAAAGGGAAGCUAGUUUGAUACUCGGUGUCUCUCCCACAGCCAACAAGGCAAAAGUUAAAGAGCAAUUCAAAAAAGUCAUGUCUGCUAAUCAUCCUGACAGAGGAGGAUCACCGUACAUAGCUGCUAAAGUAAACGAGGCUAAAGAUUUACUGGAAAAGUAAUUACAUUCGAUUUUAUCUGUACAUAAUUUAAAAAAACAACUGACAUGUAAAUAAUUGACGUGAAUACACAGCAAAACAAGUUAUUUUUCGAUAUAAAAUUAUUAUAAAAUGUUUAUCCGUAGGAAAUAAAUUGAAGCACCGUAUUAAUU